AUGACACGAACAAAAGACCAACUCUCGCCAGUUGUGAAUAAGCAAUUUGAUACUGUAGUCCAUCUCUUUGCUACUAAUGAUAUGGUAAGCCUUCACAAUAAACGAAUGCUAAAGGAAUUAAAUCAUCCAAUUGCAAUAAGUAGAGCUACAACAACUACAAGCAAAACAGUUGUUGAUGCUGACAACAAACAACUUGAAAAGCAAGUCCUACUCUCACCAGGCCAGCGAAUAAUGCUCACAACUAACAUAUGGACACAAACAAGACUUGUCAAUGGAGCUCUUGGUAAGAUAAUUGAAAUAAUUUAUAGCUCUGAUUCCAUGCCACCUGACAUACCAAUGUAUAUCAUGGUCAAAUUUGAUAACUAUAGUGGUCCUCAGUGGCACCCAAAUGACCCCAAACUUGUACCCAUAACACCAGUAUCACUAGGUAACCUUAGGCAAUUACCAAUAAAAAUGGCAUGGGCUGUGACCAUACAUAAAGCUCAAGGUUUAACACUACAGAAGGCAACCAUCAAUAUCGGUGCAACAGAAAGACAAGGUCUAACAUUUACUGUAGUCUCCAGAGUGAAAUGUUUAGAAGACCUCCAGAUUGACCAGGCAUUCUCGUACGACUGGUAUGCAAAAAUGGAAAACAAUCCAUACACAGUACUAAGGAAAAAGGAAGAAGCUCAACUACAACAACUGUCCAGAUAA